CGUUCAAUGUCGUGUGUGUUAAGUGUGUAACAUGAUUGUUACGAAACUUUUCGAAAAUCAGUGUCGUUACUGAUUUGAAUAUCAACAAAUACGUGCAUCAACUUGUUCGGACAAUCAAAAUUGAGUUCAUUGUCGAAAGAUUGAUGUACGUGGUGCGUUGAAGGACAUCGUCGUCGAACUCAGAAACGCAUUCAAGGAGCACAUCACACACGACAAAUGUCGAAUCGCAAUGAACUGCGCAACGACAUAGGUGUGGCGCGCAAAAGAGAGAGCAUACAUUCACGUAUUCGUAGUACAUACGUACUCUCUCGGAAUGAAGGCAGCGAAGAAUUGGAUUAACUUUCCCCAGUUACGUUUACGUUUGAAAAAUCGAUCGUUCGUUCGUUUUCAUGUAGUGUUAAAUGUAAUCUGACACUGCUAGAUUAAUUGUGUGUACACUGUAACAACCGAGUUACUGCUUUCUUAAGAUCGAGAUAAAUUUUGUGCCAGUCUCUCGAAGUAAAUAUCUCUUUGGUGUUGAAUACACCGUGUGGGUGCGUGUGCGUGAGCGUACUCGUGCCCGUGCCUGCGCCUAUGCGUCUCCGUUCGCCGAGUUGUGGUGAUCUUCGCAGAGGUGGCGGCGGCGGAGGAGACAGUGAAGGUGGUGGUGGCGGCAGCAGCAGCAGCGGUGGCGGCGGUGAAGGAGACAGUGGAGGUGGUGGAGGUGGCGGUGGUGGCGGCGGCGGUGGCCGCGACAACGUUUGGAAGGAGAGAUUUCGUACAUCGUGACUGAGUGAGUGAGUUGGUGCGUGUGCGUGCUACCGCGCGUAUACGCUCUCUCAUUCUCGGGAUCGUGCGCGCGUGUGUUGUGUAUGUGUGUAUGUACAUCCUCGUGCGCGCGCGCAUUAACAGAAUUCACGAUCAGCACGCAGGGACUCUCAACAAAUGUUUAAAUGGACGCAUCGUCCAUUAUCACCCAAGUGUCGCGGGAUGACGAGCUAGGCCAGUUUAAUAAUGGGAAAGCCCAGUUACCACAAGAGAAUGAAGUGGCCAGCAAUGGUCCAGCCAGUGGCAAAAAGCCAAGAGGGCGUGGACUUCUACGAUCUCUACUUUGUUGCCUCGGUAGAGGACGUGGAAAUAGUUCAAAAAGUUCAAAAACAAGUUCUUUACAAGGCGAUGGACAUGGUUCUCCAUCACUAACAACUGGAUCCCCAGGGUUCCUUCUCCCACCUGUCAGACAUCAGGAUAUGCACAAGAAGUGCAUGGUGAUUGAUUUGGAUGAGACACUAGUGCAUAGUUCUUUCAAACCAAUCAACAAUGCUGAUUUUGUUGUUCCUGUAGAGAUUGAUGGAACAGUGCAUCAAGUGUAUGUUUUAAAGAGGCCUUAUGUGGAUGAAUUCUUACAGAGGAUGGGUGAACUAUACGAAUGUGUAUUGUUCACAGCAAGUUUGGCUAAGUAUGCUGAUCCAGUAGCAGAUCUGCUUGACAGAUGGGGAGUGUUCAGAGCAAGACUGUUUAGAGAAUCUUGUGUUUAUCACAGAGGAAAUUAUGUUAAAGAUUUAAAUAAACUAGGACGGGAUUUGCAACAAAUUAUUAUUGUUGAUAACAGUCCUGCCAGUUAUAUUUUCCAUCCAGAUAAUGCAGUACCAGUGGCAUCAUGGUUUGAUGAUAUGACAGAUUCAGAACUAUUAGACUUAAUUCCAUUUUUUGAGAAACUCAGUAAUGUGGAGAAUAUUUAUACAGUCUUGUGCAAUAGUAAUCACCCUUAUAAUCAAGUACCUCCAGCUGUACAGAACAGUCCAAGCCCAGGGUCAGGUUCACUUGGUGCUUCCUAGCCCUACCUAAAUUCUGGCCAAAGAGCCAGUAUUGUCAUCGCUCAAUGCACUCUGAGGAGAAUUUUGACUGGAAUAUUCCACAUUGCUCGUUUGUUAUAUGGCAGUGGACAACCAGGUAUGACCCACUCAAUGCUGGGUUUAUAAUAUAAACAUACCUGCUGAAGAAUUAUCCAAAAAGGAGGUGAAAAUCCUGUGUCCUCCU